UUUACUUCUGGCUAUCGCAUUAGCCUGGCUGCGGACGCGGUCAAUUCGAACCCUUAGAAUUCGGUUAAAGAAAAUACCAGAUAACACGGCAAAAUCAAUAAACGUGCUUUUCGAAAAUAAACUUCCAAUAAAAAAAAGAAACACGUAAUUUAUAGAUUAGAUCGAGUUCAUAUUGAAUUUCAUGUUAACAAAUUCCAAAUAUUAUCUUUCGUAUUGAGACCAUCGGCUAAACAUUUUUCAAACUUUUGCAUUAUUUACGCACCCCCAAAAACGUUGUUGUUGUUGUUUGGGGGGUUGGUGGUUGUUGCUCAUUCGAUAGAAGAAGCAGUGCAAAGAGCAGAAGAAAAAAAAAACGAAAAAUCCAUGCAUAUAAAAGUCAAGUGUGUUCAGUUUUGCCGUUACGAAAAAGUGUAAAAAAUUUUAUUGGAGCACAAACGUCGUAUACGUGAUAGGCAGACAGAGAGGCGUGGGUCAUGUCUCUGGAGGAUCCGUUUUUUGUUGUCAAGGAUGAGGUCUUCAAAGCUCUGAACAAAACACGCGGACUCUAUUUGCGUUGGCGUGAACUGGGUGAGAACGGCGGCGCCGAGGUUGAAUGGACCACAACGGAGCUGCGAAACUCGUUGCGCAGCAUUGAAUGGGACCUGGAGGAUCUCGAGGACACUAUCAGUAUUGUCGAGAAAAAUCCAACUAAAUUUCGCAUCGAUAAUCGUGAACUCUCCAGCCGGCGCCAUUUCAUCGACAACACACGCGAUGAGGUCAAACAGAUGAAGGAUAAGAUGAGCCUGAAUCGGAACAGGGACAGAGAUAUAACCGCACAUCAGCCACUGCUCGAGAACGAACGCCAAUCACACAAUCAUAAUCAUAAUCAAAGCAACGAAUAUAAUCAUCAUCACCAUCAUCAUUCGCACAACGAUCGCACCUAUCUGGUAGAUUGCCCCAAUACAACAACCACAACGCAGGCACAGUCCGUGGCCAAUACCAUUGCUGGCACCAUGUCCACAGCAGCAGCAGCAGCCGCCGCGGCAGCGCGUCACAGUGGCACCAAAUACUCGAAACUGGAGAAUGCCAUGGACAUCGAUAGCCCCAGUCAUUAUGGGGGCGGACAUGGCGGAAAUAGCUUGGAUAGUCCGGGACAUCGAUAUGUGGGCGAGACGGUGUCGGUGCAGCAGCGCAUGAUACAGGGACAGGAUGAGCAGCUGGAUAUGAUAAGUGAUUCCAUUGGCACUCUUAAGACUGUUUCGCGCCAAAUCGGCGUCGAGUUGGAUGAACAGGCGGUCAUGUUGGAUGAUUUUGGGAAUGAGUUUGACACAACUGAGUCCAAGUUGGAUACAACCAUGAAGAAAGUUGCCAAAGUUUUACACAUGAAUAAUGAUAAGCGGCAAUGGGCCGCGAUUCUCAUACUUUCCGUGCUGUUAUUGUUUGUGAUAAUUUUAUUUAUUAUUUUGUAAUUGAUUAUUUUUGUUCGCUUUACUGUAUUUACCGAUUUACGAGUCGAAAACAAUUGUAGUGUAAAUUCGUUAGAUUUAUUUAUUUUUUUAAAUAAGUAAACUUAAUUGCAAAUUUUUAAAACAAAUUCGAUAUUUUAUAUAUACUUUAAUUACCAGACAACAUAAUUCCUUAGCUGUAUAUACAUGUUUAAAUAAUUACUAUUUAAAACAACAAAAGACGAAUAUGAGCAAAUCGAGUAAAUCGUAUUUCCAAAGACAGAAUCAUGAGUAAGUUCCCUUAUAGGCUAACGAAACACUGGCUAAACAUAAAAAUGGUACAAUUUAUAUGUAUGACAAAGAAUAUAUCUGUAUAUCAAGAGAGUUAUUUAAAAACAUGUAUGCAGUUGAGUAAAUAUAUAAAUCCUUAAAAACUAUAA